CUCCACUUCGAGAGAGCCUGUGACGCCGAUAUUGUUCGUUCGUUUUUCACGGUGAAAGGCAAGUGCGAAAGAGUGUGCAAGAUGUCCCUGCAGACUAUUGCGAGUAUAGUGAUCAAAGUGUUGAAGUUGGUUCUCAACCUCAUCAUUAUAAUCCUAUACCGUACAGGAUAUGGCGGCGAGUUUUUGGGUGUAGGUGGAACAUGGAACUUGAAUGAGGACAAGAAUCCCGACGCGGAAAUCGUCGCUUCCGGCGUCUUCGUCGGCUUCUUCAUUUAUACGAGUGUCGUACUUAUCAGCUAUUGCUUCGGGAAUACUGAGCAUAAAAAAACUCUUGUCGAAAUUAUCAUGAAUUUCGUCGGAACUUUCAUGUUUGUGGCCGUGGGUGGAACAGCCUUGCAUUAUUGGCACGGCUAUCAGCCUGAGCAGAAAUUUGUAUACGAUGCACCAGAGAGACAGAUCGGCUUGGCGGUAGGUUCGUUGUGCGUUUUAGAAGGUGCAACGUAUCUAAUGGAUUUAAUACUAAGCUUUCUCCAUUACGCUAAAGAUGAGUUCAAUUAACAUAGGAGAGAAAGUAGUAUAAGAUGACACCGUUGACAAUAUCAAUAUUUGCGAAACACUUGCGUUUCCAUCAAAGUCAACUCGUCUUAUAUGUAACUAACAUGCCGAGCAUCAUAAAAAUUUCAUAUAUUAAACAAUCAUUAGAGCGAUUAAACAUUCCUUAUAUCUCAAAGUAUAUUGUUAGUCAUAUUUUUGUACGGAAAUUUCACUUUGCAAAAAAUUCAAUCUUGUCCUCCUUUCAAGAGAGACACACGAUUUUCUCACACAUUGCACUUUUUAUAUACAUAUUUAUUCAUACAGACGUAUACUUUCCAUUAACACAUGUAACGUGUAAUAAAAUUUAUUAGAAAAUUUAUGCAAAAA